AUGCGUGCUGCUCGCUGCUCCAUUAUCCGCGGCGCCGCCGGCCUACGCAUGGCAUCAUCGGUGAUGAGUGAGAUGAAGGAGCAGAUGCUGAAGCGCAGCAAGGUGGAGAAGCAGACGAUCAGCGAGCUCCGGAAGAAGCACGGCGACGUGAAGCUGAGCGACGCCAGCAUCGAUGCGGCGUACUGUGGCAUGCGGGGCAUCACCGGUCUUGUGUACGAGCCGUCCCUGCUGGACCCGGUGGAGGGCAUCCGCUUCCGCAACCGCACGAUCCCGGAGUGCCAGGAGGUGCUGCCCAAGGCACCGAACGGCUGCGAGACGCUGCCGGAGGCGAUGUUCUGGCUGCUGAUGACCGGCGAGGUACCGACGGCGGAGCAGGCGAGGGCCCUGAACGCGGAGUUGCACCGCCGCGCUGACCCGGUGGCGAUCGCCGCGGCGCAGAAGGCGAUCGCGGCGCUGCCGGCGAGCACGCACCCGAUGACGGCGUUCAGUGUGGGCGUGCUUGCGCUGCAGACCUACUCGAAGUUUGCUGCGGCCUAUGCGACGGGCAAGUCAAACAAGACGACGUACUGGGAGUACGCGCUGGAAGACUCGCUGGACAUGCUGGCACGCACGCCAGCGGUGGCAGCGAUGAUCUACAACCGCGUCACCAAGGGCCGUGCGGAGGUGGCGGCGUCGAGCAACAGCGAGCUGGACUGGGCAGCAAACUUCUCGAACAUGUUGGGCUUCAAGGACAAUGAGUUCUGGGAGUGCAUGCGGCUGUACCUGUCCAUCCACGUCGACCACGAGGGCGGAAACGUGUCGGCGCACACGACGACGCUGGUUGCGUCGGCGCUGAGCGACCCCUACCUUGCCUUCAGCGCGGGGCUGAACGGGCUUGCCGGACCGCUGCACGGGCUGGCGAACCAGGAGGUGCUCAAGUACCUGCUCAGCAUGCAGGACCGCGUGAAAGCAGACGGUGUGAACGUGUGCGAUGAGGCGGCACUGGAGGUGGCGCUGACCAAGUACACUUGGGAGCUGCUGAACUCCGGCCAGGUUGUGCCCGGCUACGGCCACGCGGUGCUGCGCAAGGUGGACCCGCGCUACACCUGCCUGCGCAACUUCUGCCUGCGCCACCACUUCGAGGACGACCUAUUCAAGCUGAUCAACAUCAUCUACAAGAUCAUGCCCGGCAUCCUGACGGAGCACGGCAAGACCAAGAAUCCCUACCCCAACGUCGAUGCGCACUCCGGCGUACUGCUGCAGCACUAUGGGCUGACGGAGCAGGAUUACUACACAGUGCUGUUCGGCCUGUCGCGCCAGAUGGGUGUCAUGGCCGGCGUUGUUUGGGACCGCCUGCAAGGCCGCCCGCUCGAGCGCCCCAAGUCGAUCACGACGGAGAUGCUGGCAAAGAAGUACCUGUGCACUCCUCGGUAA